UCUGCUGUAUCCAUAAUCUUCAAACACUUACUUUCGUGUGUCUCUAUCUCUCUGUUACAUACAUAUGUCAACGUCAUCUUCCGAAGAAGUUGAAGGAGGAGAUGGCGGCGGCGGCGGCGGCGGUGGUGAUUUUGAAGGGCCUUCUUCUCGAAGAAGAAUGAUGAGAUCAAGCAAUGGGGUUUGGCCAGAGCCGUUUGUGGAAGCGCUUGCAUUCCAAGUAGCGGCGGAUACGUCUCUCAUUGUCGGCCGACUGGCUGCUGCACAGGCUCUGUUCAACGUUUUUCAGGUUUGUUCGACAUGGCGGGCCGUGUCGCGGUCGGAACUCCUGUGGCAGAACCUCACUCGACGUAUAUGGAGCGUUGGCGAUCUUGCGCACAACACAUGGCGUGAGGAGUUUGUCUACCGCCAUCGGACAGCCAGCAACUUUCGCAGUCGUAGAUGUGUAUACAGCAGCAUCCACAUUCCGAUAGAUGACAACAACAACAAUGACGGCCUCUCUUGUCGGCGUUUGGCGCUCUCCGAUCACCACCUUGCUGCUGGCUUCUCAGAUGGUGCAGUCCACCUGUUCCACCUUCCGAGUAGGCUCCACUUGUCGACGUUCUUCCCUCACUACCGUGAUCGCAUUGGCCGCUUCUCUAGUUCCGUCUCCGGGAUCAUCUUAUCCGACAUUCGUCUCGUGUUUGCCACUCUGGAUGGCGACAUCCAUUUGACCGUCAUUGAUGUCGGGAUCACGCCUCUACGUAGAGCGUAUAUGGGCGAUGUGGUGAACGACGGUGUUCUAGUCGACUUCACAGGCAGCAACAGGUGGUGGGUUGGCCUCUAUGCAGGUGUUCCAGGCCGCGCGUUUCACAUAUGGAACAGUGAGACCGAAGAACUAGUUUUCAUUGGAGGGACGCUAACCGAUCCAGAGGCCGUCAUCGGGUGGCACUUACUGACCGAAAUGACUGAUCUAAUCGGCCGCGUUAGAGUAACAAGCCAUGAAAACGCGGUAGCGUGCACUAGCCUUAGAGUGAUCGUCUUCGACUUAGCUAACCAAGGGAUAGUGUUAGUCGAACAAGAGUGGCGUAGGGGUAUAACUGUGGCCUCAUUCGAUGCAAACAACGAAUCAACACUUAUAACCGACUCACGGGGCACAGCCAGCGUGCGACGGGUAGUCGAUCUAGAGGAGAUAUGCAGGUUCACAAUAACGGGUGCCUCCCAACAAAGAGGGAGGAUUUUGGGGUGUGUAAAUGGAGGGUAUGGGGUAGUAUUUGGUGGAGGUGUGAUUAAGGUUUGGGAGAUAGAGCAUGGAGGAUAUCUGUACAGUUUUAGAGAGAGAAUAGGAGAGUGCAAUGCCCUUACUGCCGAUGACAGCUAUGUGGCUGCAUGUUCUCCUGAUGGCAUUCUCCAUUUGUGGGACUUCAGGCCUCAACAUUAAUGAUAUCAACAAAUUUUUUCUUCAAGAAAUUAGGGUUUUUGUCUGACUGAUUGAGGAGGGAAUUAGGGUUUCAGGGAUUGGUCAAUUUUUCUUCUAGUGUUGAUUGUUUUGACAGUGAUGGGCAGUUCUGCUCACCCAAUCAACCUUUUCCUGGAUUAUUAAUGUUAUUUUUUCAAAGUCAAGGAAAGAGGUGAGA